UCUGUCAGUGCGCAGCGUUAGUGCGCGCCGGAUCACCUGCAGACUGACAGCGUGCGGUGCGCGGAAGAUUUUUUUUUUUUUUAGAGCCCAGGAAGAAGAAAAAGGGUUACUCUCCUCCUGUUCCAUGGCCUCAAAGGAGAGCACAGCGGCGGGCUUCGCCACGAUCAGCAGAGAAAUCACAGAGGGCAUCAGGAAAGUGCUGGACAAGCAGGCUGUUAAGCUUGUGCGAGCCAUCAAACAAGACACCAGGAGCGGUAAAUCAGAGGACAGGAUUCUGGUUCUGGCAACAUGGAGACUGUAUCUCUUUGCUGUCAAAGUGCCCACCAAGGUGGAGGUUACCUUCAACUUCUUGGAAAUCCGAGCAAUGAACACCUAUCCAGAACACCAGGUUGUCAUCGACACAGACAAGACCACCUUCUCACUGAGACUGCAGACCCAGGACCAGCUGGACCACAUGGUCAGCCACAUCAAUUACGCACUCUCCCGAGUCUUCAACAACUCUAUUUAUGCCCCUCCUGUUUGCCGAGCUGAGGGAGAAAUGACUGAUGGAACCCAGAAAUUUUCUCCAAACUCAGAAUGUUCCCUUGAGCCCCAGAAAACCUGUGGAGGAUUUUCCGAGACAUACGCAGCUCUGUGUGACUACAAUGGGAUUGGCUGCAAAGAAGAAGUGCAGUGGGAUGUUGACACCAUCUACCACUCUCAGGACAACAGGGAGUUUAAUUUACUGGAUUUCAGCCAUCUUGACAGCAGGGACUUGGCGGUCAUCGUGGCAUCCAUCGCAUACAACACCUGGUUCACCAAACUGUACUGCAAAGACAUGAGAAUAGGGUCAGAAGUUGUGGACCAGGUUCUGCAUACAGUCAGCAAGUCCAACAGUCUGGAGGAGCUCACACUGGAGAACGUCGGGCUCAAAUCAGAUUUCCCACAGAAGAUGGCGUCGGCGCUGUCGGAGAACCCAGGCUCUGUGAUUCACUCCCUCAGUCUGGCUCACAACACACUCGACAAUCAAGGAGUCUCUAACCUGAUUCAACAAGUAUGUCGCCUCAACAAGGGCCUGCGCCUCCUGAAUCUCUCCAAGACCUCCCUCUCUUCCAAGGGUCUUGUUUCUUUGUCCCAGGCGUUGUGUUCAUGUGAUGACUACUCCAAUUCUUUGCUGCAUCUGGACCUCAGCAAAAACCCUGGCGUUCUGUCUGGAGAGGAUGCCACGAAUCUGUACCUGUUCCUGGCCCAGCCGAACUGUCUGGUUCAUUUGGACCUUUCUGGGACGGACUGCACCGUGGACUUGUUGUUUGGUGCCUUGCUGCGAGGCUGCUGCGCUGACCUGUCCUACCUGAACCUAUCCAAGAACUCGUUCUCUCACAGGAAGGCAAGGGAUUCUCUGCCAACUUUCCGUCAGUUCUUCAGCUCAGCAUUCAGCCUGACCCAUGUCAGCCUGUCCUCGAUGAAGGUCCCUCCUGAUUCACUGAGGGCUCUGUUUCUAGGUCUGUCUAAUAACCCUCAUAUCACUGACUUACACCUGGACAUCAGCAGCUGUGAGCUGAGGUCAGCAGGUGCUGGAGUCAUUCAAGAGCUGUUUCCUCGAGUUUCAUGUGUGGGCACUUUAGACAUCACUGAUAAUGGUUUGGAUGCUGACUUACUGGCUGUUAUCCCAGCAUUCUCCAGGCACCCCUCCCUCAAACACCUGAUGUUAGGGAAGAACUUCAACAUCAAGGGCAGGGUGUUGGAUGAAAUUCUGCAGAAACUAGUUCAUUUGGUGCAGGAAGAAGAGUGUGCUCUGCAGUCCCUCUCACUGGCUGACUCGAGGCUUCGUCAGCGGGGCACAGUGCUUGUCAACACUCUAGGCUCCAACGCUUGCUUACGGAAAGUGGAUCUGAGUGGAAACAGCCUCGAGGAUGCUGGUGCCAAGAUGCUGAGCAAAGCCUUGCAGAUCAACACGACACUAAGGAGUGUGUCGUGGGAUCGCAACAACACCACGGCGACAGGCUUUCAAGAUGUGGCACGUGCACUGGAGCAUAACUUUACUCUGCAGUACAUGCCCCUCCCUCUCAGUGAUGUCACUCAGGCCUACCGCAGUGCCCCAGAAAAGACCGACCAGGCCAUCACCAAGAUCCAGCGCGCUCUGCUCAGGAACAACCAGACUCAGCGUUUCUCUCAGAAACAGGUGCUCAGGCUGCACCAAGGACUUGUCACCAGCACCGCUGAACAGGUGAUGGAGCGUCUGUGUGUGCGGGUGCAGCAGCAGGUGUGUGUCCUGAAAGGCUGUGAGGAAGGAGAGGAGGUGCAGACAGCCAGACAAAUCCUGAGUGAGGCCAGGAACUCCAGAGCUCUGUAUCCGUCUCUGUGCGAGCUGGCCCAUGUGUUGUCCGUGGACGGACCUGUAAAACAGCGACUGGACACACUGGCGGGAGAGCUGGCCAAGGCUGCCGACAAAGAACUUCAGGUGAUAGUGGACUCCAUGGUGUCUCUGUGCCGUGAGUUGUGUCCACUGUCCUGCUCCGCUGCCGAGAGACUCAGCCCUCCUCUGUCAUCUAUCUCGGAGCAAGUUUCCAUCCCUCGCUCCGCCAUUCACAGUGCACUGAUGGAAAGAGCAGCUGAGGACAUCAACAGAGCCCUGGAGGAGGUGAAGCUGUCUGUUGUCUCCUACCUAACUAACUCCAUUGUGGAUCAGAUUCUACAAGAGCUGUACUCCACUCAUAAAUCCCUGCUACGGCAGGUGUCUCAGGCAAAGCGCUGGGAUGAUGGCACAGGACGACGAACUAUCCGGCACUCCAGAAUUAUAGAGUCUUUGGAUUUCGCUGAUGAGGAUCUUGGCAUCAACCUGGGAAUCGACACCAUAGCUAUUAAAAAGCGGACCUCCAGGACGAGAAGAAUUCGGCCCGUCUCCACCAGAAUAAGUCUCGGUGAGGAGCCGGUGUCUUCUCCAACCUUGUCCAGGCCUGUACAAUCUACCCCACUUUCUCAUUCUGCAUCAUGGGAGUGUCUGUCCACCCUUCCCACCAAUGGUUCGCCCUUACGUCAUGUGACCCACGUGAGGCCACGCCCUCCACGCAGACACAGAGCAGGGCACCUUCCCCCAGAAUCCCAUUGCUCAGAGAACGGAAGUGUCAGUAUGCUCGAGGAUGGCCUCCCAGAUUUCUACAGCAAGAGGGUUCUACCCGACAGUCAGCUGUCAUCCCUCCAUCAGGCCCAGUCCCUAAGGAGGAAGAAAAGACGCAGCGUGCUGUCAAUUUUCUCCGGUUUCCGCAAGAACCGCAACUCCACCAUUUCCAAUCAGGAUUUGGACUUCAGCGGCACCUCUGAGAUUGUCUACUCAAUGAUUCAGCACCCGAAGGACAAUGGGAGGCCGGAAUGUGCUCUUCCCGGAGCCAACGGGACAAUGCCUUCACCCCAACCUAUGCAGGGCGCUCCUCUGCACGGAAUGAGGGCUGUCAGCCCCCCCUGCCUCAUCCAAAGACAGUCCACAGACCUGGUCAGCAUGGUGUACAGCUGCAUAGGCGCUGACAUCGAGGACUCGGAUGCCAGCAGUACCUGCGACUUCAAACCCCCAGAGGAAGAAAUUGAAAGGUCGUGCACCAUCACAGGUGCUGUUGCAGACACCCGAACCAAUGGCCAUGUGGUUUCGACCAAACAGCAGGUGGACAGAUGGAUGGAGGUGGGUAGGCCAGAGAGGAUCGUAUCACUGACAGACACACAAGUGGAGACGGACGAGACCGAGCAGAAAGGCAGCAGUGUGGGUCCCCCUGGGCCAAAGCCGGAGCCACCACCGCAGAGCACCAAGCCUAGUUUGGCUGUGAUGAGGCAGAGACACCUGCGGGAAAGUUUAGAAGAAGCUGAAAGGCUGGAAGAGGAAAAUCAGAGUGAACAAAAGCAUGAAGAUAAACAGAGAGCACGAGGAACCGAAGGACAGCCUCUUAUCUCAAAUAAGGUGUGCCAUAAACAAAGAGGUUAUAUAAAAGACUUGAAUCUGCACUGCACAGUAAAUUUCAAGCUGCAGAAAUUGUAUAACUAA